CUGUAUUAAAUGGCCUCCCUAGAGACAUAACGUUCCUCCAACGUACAAUGCAUCAAUGAUGCUGCCUAGGAUCAUAUUCUGCGCUGCAGUCCUCUUGGCAAUACUUACUGUGAUUCUUCUAGCUUUGGUUUCUCCAGUACCCCAAAGAACGCCUCCGCUGCCUUCGCUGGACCUUUCCUUGUACAUUCAGCAGCCACACGUCGGAAGCUCCAAUUCACUGCAGCCGGUGGCACAUUCAAACACCGGAGCAUUUAUCUUCCACCGCAAGCUCACGGAGGGACCCGAGAACACUUCUCGGGUAGUCGGAAAAGCCCAAGGCUUCAUCAUCCCUAUGGAAAACUUUGCAGAAUCGGCAUUCAAUAUCAUCUACCUGACAUUUCACACUCCCAAAUAUUCUGGUAGCCUUAGUGUUCAAGCCAAGCAUGUUUCCCGCAAAGACACAGAAGAGCUCACGGUGAUGGGUGGAACAGGAUCGUUUGCUUUCGCUCGCGGAUUAGCUGUGUUUGCUCAGAGUGAUCAGCAGCCGGUGGGUGCUGAAUCCACUUAUCAUGUCAAGCUUCAGCUUAGAUUUCCUAAUCAGUCUCGCACGACUCUAGGCUGAUGAACCUGUUUUGAUUGCUCAACACCCCAAACCAAUGCUUAUAUCAAUAUCUUCAUUGUUCUGCAUUUUUGCUAUACUUGGUUGAGUUGGUUCUAGCCUUGACUCGUGACUUCCGGCCCUUAACCCCCUCCUAUAAGUUGGCAUGUAGAUAAUUGAUACUGAUUUGGAGCUAAUUGAUAUCAUCCCUUUGGA